GAAGUUAAAUCCUCUGAAUUCCCAACAUUUCUCUGAAAUCUUGCAGGGUUUCUAUAUAUAAACCGUUGGGUGGCUCUAUUUUCUUCGUCCCAAAAAAUUCAAGAUUUGAGCUUUCAAUGCACAAGGGGAGCAGUAAUAAUUUUGUUGGGUCGGUGGGUAGUAUUAUAAUAGGCCUGGAAUCAAAGCAAGAAAUGAAGAAGAUGGAGGAGAAGGGUUUUUAUAGUGUGGCUGUUGUAGAUAAUGUGGAUGCAAUGCAUGAGAUUUUCAAGCAUUUAGAUGCUGAAUCUCUUGCCACGGCUUCUUGUGUUAGUCGAGGGUGGCACCAGGCAGCCAUGGAUGAUGCCUUGUGGGAAUUGGUCUGUACUAAACAUUGGCCUGCUUCUGGCAUUUCAAUAGGUCGCCUCAGAUCAGUUGUGAAUGUGCUUGGUGGAUUCAGGCGUCUGUAUGUUAAGUGGAUGCAUCCUCUCUGCAGAAAUGAUGCUUUCAAAGAGGAUAAUGUUGUGUGGAGCGAGGACCAAGUUCAGCUUUCUCUCUCUCUCUUUUCUGUAGAGUACUAUGGAAGGCUAGGUAAUGGGCCUUUCUAUGGUAGCUCAGGCUCCACAAUACCCAAUUCACAUUUCUUGUGCAAUUUCCAUGGAGCCACAGCAGGAACUCUCAGUUAUGUUUGAUUCAUUGCCAUCCAUAUUUGUUCAAAACAAGAAUCCCUUUUGUUUGUACUUUGAUUUGUUUUGGUUGUUCGCAUACCUUAUAAAUGAAAACUGGAUGAUUUUGUGUUUUUGUUCUGGCAAGUCUCAGUGUUCAAAAAAUUUGUGAAGAUUUUAUGUACACUGAAAUUUUUCCAGGCAAUGUAAUGUAUUUGAGAACAAUUCUGGAUGGUUGGAGCAGUAAUGUUGUUCAUUAUUGGUUUUGGAGUUUUUUAUCAACGAUUUAGAGUAUAGAUUUUCUUCUCCUUCAACCUUCUAUUAUCUUGAUGAUGAAUUGCAAAGUCUGAUCCAUCAGUCUGAUCCAUCAUUUAACAGCAUUAUGGAUUAUGGGAGAUGGGAUUAUCCAUCAUUUUUAAUAUAAUACAAUCCUUGGUUCUGAAAAAGCAGUACCUCCAGAAAUGCGCAUUCGUACAUGUUUAAUACUGGAUUAACAAAACGAAAAUUUCUCUGUUUAGCGACUGAAUGUAAGUUGACUGAAGUCUUCAAAAUAUUGUGAAGGUUUUACGUAUACCUGAAAUUUAUCCAGCCAUUACAAUGUAUUUGAGGGCAAUUCGGGAUAGUUGGUGCA